UCCUGGACUAGGUAAUUGUCCUUGUGCCAGAUAUGGAGAACCUGGAGAGAGAAUGUGCCUCAGAGGCCAGUGACCAGGUGGUGUCCUUCGGAGAAAGAUUUCUCCUGCCUCAGGCAGAGAACAAGAGUGGAGAAGAACAGCAGGUGAGAACAUUUCCUUUGGAGAGCUCAGGGCAUGUCAAACAUAUAUCUGAAAACGGCUCUAACAAGUGUUUUCAUUCCUUUUGUAAUGCUUCGAUUUUGCCUUUAAUUUUUUUGUUUUUGUUUUAGGAAAGUAAAGCAUUUCCAGAAGUUCUCCCUGAAUUCCCUGAAGCUGUAAAGGGUCCGUUGGAAAACAGACCAGGGUCCCUGCCCAGAGGAAUCCUGGAGGAGAGAGAAGGAGCAGUGCUCUCAUGGGGUAAGGAGCAAGGGUUCAUCACUGUCUUUGGCCUUUUCUCUCUCCAGCAUUCAGGAAACCUCACUGACAGGUGAUGAAACGAUGCUGGAAACCAAUACGCAGCCAGCGGUUUGUUUUGAUGGAGGAGAAGCAGCUGGCGUGCAACUGGAUCAGAGCCCCUUGACCUUGGAGGAGGUACUUGUACAUUUCACUGAAGCAGAGUGGGCGCUGCUGGGUCCAGAACAGAAAGCUCUCCACCAAGAAAUUAUGGAAGAAAUCAGUGGGAUUUUAUCUUCUCUUGAAGGUGAUAAAUGGAAAAAUAAGGAUAAAGGAAAACCAUGUCCACUUCAGAGAAUCUGCAUAGGGAAGAAACCAUGUAAAUGCUUGGAAUGUGGAAAGUGCUUGAGUUCUAACACCAACCUACGUCGACAUCAAAAAAUUCACACUGGGGAGGGAUCAUGUACGUGCUUGGAAUGUGGAAAGUGCUUCAGUACAAAAGACAAGCUGAUUAUUCACAGAAGAAGUCACACGGGGGAGAAGCCUUAUAAAUGCCUGGAGUGUGGAAAAUGCUGGACUUCAAAUACAAACCUACGCAGACAUCAAAGAACUCAUACUGGGGAGAAACCAUACCAAUGCUCGCAAUGUGGAAAAUGUUUUGCUGGCAGUCCAGACCUUAUUAAUCAUAAAAGGAUUCAUACAGGGGAGAAACCCUAUAAAUGUUUAGCGUGUGAUAAAUGCUUUGCUCGCAGUUCAGACCUUAUUAAACAUAAAAAUAUUCACAUGGGAGAGAAACCCUAUCAGUGCUUGGAGUGCGGAAAAUGCUUUGUACACAGUCCAGGCCUUACUGCGCAUAAAAGAACCCACACAGGAGAGAAACCCUAUCAAUGCCUGGAGUGUGGGAAAUGUUUUGCUGGCAGUCCAGACCUUGUUAAACAUAAAAGGAUUCAUACAGGGGAGAAACCCUAUCAGUGCCUGGAGUGUGGGAAAUGCUUUGCUCGCAGUUCAGACCUUGUUAAACAUAUAAAAAAUCAUGCCGGUGAAAAGCCACAUAAAUGUGUAGAGUGUGGAAAAUGCUUUGCUCGCAGUCCAGACCUUAUCACACACAAAAGAAUUCAUACAGGGGAGAAACCCUAUAGGUGUUUGGAUUGUGGUAAAUGCUUUGCUCGGAGUUCAGACCUUGUUAAACACACAAAAAGCCACACGGGGGAAAAGCCCCAUCAGUGUUUAGAAUGUGGAAAGUGUUUCAUUACAAAGACAAACCUCAGCAAACAUAAAAGAACUCACACUGGAGAGAGACCAUACAAAUGUUUGGAAUGUGAAAAAAGUUUCAGUCAGAGGAUUAAUCUCACGGCCCAUGAAAGAACCCACACGGGGGAGAAGCCCUAUAAAUGUUUGGAAUGUGGAAAGAGCUUUGUUACAAAGACAAAUCUUAACACGCACAAACGAACACACACUGGAGAGAGACCCUAUAAAUGCUUGGAAUGUGAAAAGAGUUUUAAUCAGAGGAUUCAUCUUGACUCCCAUCAAAAAAUUCAUACAGGGGAGAAGCUACACAAAUGUUUGGAAUGUGGGAAGAGUUUCAGUCGGAGGAUUAAUCUCGCGGCCCAUGAAAGAACUCACACGGGGGAGAAGCCCUAUAAAUGUGUGGAAUGUGGAAAAAGCUUUGUUACAAAGACAAAUCUUAACACACACAAACGAACACACACUGGAGAGAGGCCAUAUGGAUGCUGGAAAUGUGGAAAGAGUUUUAAUCAGAGGAUUCAUCUCAGUUCCCAUCAACGGACUCAUACUGCUAGAAAAGAAAAAUUAUAGGUGGAAGUUUUUUAUAUUCUUUAAUGUACGAAAUAGCUGCCUCAAAGAGGGUAAUAAUACUAACAGCAGGUAAAGGAAGAGGCCUGCAUUGGAAUGAGUUCAAUGUUCUUUGGUGGAAAUUGAUUCUGUUGAUCUGGUGAAGCUGGUAGCUGAUGGUCUCCUGCUGAGAACAAUAGAAACAUGUUCUGAUGAGAUAAGAUGGCUUGUGAACUUUGCCUAGAUUAGCAGGUGGGAAGGAGGCAUAAAAAUGAUCUAUAGUGUAGCAUAGUAAUAUCAAUAUGCUCUUAAUUUAUAUUUCUCCGGUCUUAAAUCAUUUACAAAGUGAUGUUCAUCGUAGCAAAAUCAGGACUAGCAAAAUCGGCACCAAGUCAAACAGGAGAGGAGAGAAAAUCCUUUACUUUGUGAACCUGUGUUAGAUCAGCCAAUUUGAAACCUGAUGUCCAAGAGGAUGUUAGAACUAUAAUAAAUUUAGCAUUUAAUCUGUUUCAAGUCAAGAAGAAAUUUCCUCUUGAAGAGUGCUAUUAAAGAACCACAACGAUUGGAAAGAGUUGCAGAUUGUAGUCGAUAUCUAUUUGUCUGUAUAGUUUUCCAGAACAUCAUGAGAACAUCCUUCUUUUUACUAAUUGGUUAAAAGACUGACCUUGAAAUUUGAAGUAGAUGAUUUUUAAGUUCAGCUGGCAGAUGGCCAAGGGAAAGUGAUCUAAGAUGUGCUAACGUUUCCUUUAAGAAAAGAUACUUAGAGCUCUUGUGAGCUUAAUAAGGUGUAAUUUACAAAGCGUGAAAUGCGGAUUUUUCAAGACUACCUUACGAAACACUUCAGUGCAAGCUAUGCAUAGGAGCAUCAUUUCCAGAAGAGGUAAUAUCUUAAUUGAGGCUUCCCAUUUAAAAUUCUAAUAGAUCUCAAAGGAUGUCAAAAUCUCAGAAGAUUAAAGCACUGAAUUAAAAGUUUUCAGACAAUUAAAACUAACACUUGGCUGAUUUACAUGAUGCUACAGAUAAGGUUGACAGAGUUUUUGAAUGUUUGCUGGAAAAAGACAACAUGUGAACAGCAAAGCUAGAGGUGAUUCAAAACUUUGUAUGUUGGAUAUAGGAAACAGAUAAUUUUAAUCUGUCCGUCCGACAAAUUGAAUAAGGCCUCGUUUGAAUAAGAAAAUGAGAAUGUUGUGCGAUAUUUUUCCAAUUAUUUCCAAUAAUUAUCAAUUAUCUGUAACAUAGUUAAUUAUCAGAUUCUGAAUUGUCAGCUGUCAUGUUAAAGACGGUAGCAAUUAGUGGCUUAUGUUUGUGCCGAUUGCUGUAUUUCAUUAUAAAAUUGUUAAACUGUAGCCCUACACCCAAGAGAUACUACAAUAAAAGUGCACAAUUUGGGUCAGCCUGUGGGCUGCUGUGGCUUUAAUUAGGCACACAAAAUGCCACAAUUCCAAAAAGCUGAAGUGGGCCAGAAGCCAAAGACAGUAGGACCAUUUAGCAAGCCUGACAAUAAGGUAAAAAAAUAAAAAUUCAACAGAGAAAAGGGCUUUAUGUUUUAUCUGUUUUACUAAAGCUUUUAAUAAAACUGAGUGUAAGGCAUUUAA